ACAAGAGAAUACCUCCUUAACCUAAAGUCAACUUAACAUACAAUACCUACGACAUAGGGUUGCUUCAUGGGGUCUGAUUAAGGCAAAGACCAUUAUACGGAGCAGAAAAAGAUUAUUAACCUUGCCAAUUGAUUUUUUCUUGCGGACAACCGUACCAUCUUCUAUCAUCGGUGCGCUUAUACUUUUCAACUGUAACCGUGGCGCGUCUCAUACAUGGCAUGAGUUAUACUCCACCUUACCGCCGCUAACCCUUCACGGAUAAAUGUGCGUGGCGAUUCCUCCAAUGAGAUACCAUCGCCGGAAUUUCAGGACUCCUUGACGAAGACUCGUUACGAAAACAUCGUCCGCUUUACCCGACGAGGUCGGCGCUGAACCCACCUAUAUUAAUACGGGGCGAUGGACUUCGAAAAAAUGAAUCAGAAAUUUGAUUGCCCAAAAGAAUCUCUCUUCUCGGAGGCCGAUAUUGUCGGAGGCAGAGAUUGAUCAUGGCGCUGUAUAAGACUAUAGGCGCUCUUUUGCUCUUCCUGGGCACCACCGUGUCUGGUUAUGCUAAUCCCGGAGCAUGCUCGGGCACUUGUGUUAAUACGCAUGAUCCGUCUAUCAUCCGACGAUCCGACGGCACGUACUUCCGCUUCUCUACGGGAGGGAAGAUAGCUGUCCAUACCGCGCCGGAUAUCACUGGCCCGUGGACUUAUAAGGGUGCAGCUCUUCCUUCGGGGUCGUCAAUCGACCUUGACGGCAACCAGGACCUAUGGGCUCCCGAAGUUGCCUUGAUCGGCAGCACCUAUUACCUGUACUACUCCGUCAGCACAUUCGGCGUGCAAGACUCGGCCAUCGGCGUUGCCACCUCGUCCAGCCUGGACGUGGGCACAUGGAAGGACCUCGGGUCGACGGGGAUCCGCUCGUCGUCCGGAAAGCCGUACAACGCGAUCGACCCCAAUCUCGUCAACGCGGACGGCACGUACUACGUCACCUUCGGCAGCUUCUGGAAGGACAUCCACCAGGUCGCCAUGAAGAACCCGCCCAAAGCCGUGGCUAGCGGCGCCAGCGCCAAGCAAGUGGCUUUCGACCCCGUCAAGACGGACGAGGAGGGCGCCUUCGUGUUCAAGCACGGGAGUUAUUAUUACCUCUUCUUCAGCAAGGGCAAGUGCUGCGGCUACGACACGAGCAGACCAGCGGCCGGUGACGAGUAUAAGAUCUUAGUCUGCCGGUCUACCUCGGCGACGGGCGGGUUCGUGGACAAAAGUGGGAAGGCUUGCACGAAUGGUGGCGGGACCGUGGUUCUCGAGUCGCAUGGAAACGUGUAUGGACCGGGAGGACAAGGAGUCUAUGAUGACCCCGUGCAUGGACCAAUUCUCUACUACCACUACGUCGAUACUACGAUUGGGUUUGCGGAUGGUCAGAAGCAGUUUGGGUGGAACACCAUCAAUUUCUCCAGUGGCUGGCCAGUUGUGUAGACGACGGAAAAGUCAGCUUAGGGGGCACGCAGGCUACGUAGCAACGUACUCCAAUCUCGAAGCCAUCGUUUUUGGCACGGCGUGAUUAUAGAUUGACUUAACUUGUG